CAAAACCAAAACCAAAACCUUCCAUUAUCACCAAUGGAAUCCCCUUAUCAUUAUUUCACACCAAUUUUCAUCUUUUUCAUUCUCAUUAUACUCUCCAUCAACCCCUCACACCAAGCUCUCCCACCACUCAACCCAAGACUCAUCAAAGCCCACACAGCACUCCAAGCAUGGAAACAAACCUUCACCUCUGACCCUAAAAACUUCACCUCAAACUGGUAUGGCCCCAAUGUCUGCAACUACACAGGUAUCUACUGUGCACCCUCCCCACAAGAUCCCUACAUCUACACCGUUGCUGGCAUAGACAUAAACCAUGCCAACAUAGCAGGUUCAUUACCAGAAGAGCUAGGUCUUUUAACAGACCUAGCUCUCUUCCACAUUAACACAAACCGCUUCUAUGGCUCCCUUCCAAACACCUUUGACUCUCUCCACUUUCUCCACGAGCUAGACAUCAGCAACAACAAACUCUCCGGCCCAUUCCCGGAAGUUGUUCUUUGCAUUCCUUCGUUGAGAUUUUUAGACAUAAGAUUCAACGACUUUCAAGGAAGUGUUCCUGGGAAACUCUUUGAUCUCAAACUUGAUGCGGUUUUCAUCAACAACAAUAAGUUUCAAUUCUCUUUGCCGGAGAAUUUCGGAAACUCUCCGGCUUCUGUCAUUGUUUUCGCGAACAAUGACAUCAAAGGUUGUAUUCCGUCGAGUGUGGUGAAAAUGAAGGAGACUAUUAACGAGAUUAUUAUCGUUAAUAGUGGGAUGAAAGGUUGUUUACCGGAUGAGAUUGGUGAGUUGGAUAAAGUGACAGUGCUUGAUGUUAGCUUUAAUGAGUUUGUCGGGGAGUUGCCGGAGAGUAUUGGUCGGAUGAAGAGUUUGGAACAGUUGAAUGUGGCGCAUAAUAGGUUUUCUGGUUUGGUUCCGGAGAGUGUUUGUAGGUUGCCGAGGUUGGAGAAUUUUACGUAUUCGUUUAAUUAUUUCAGCGAUGAAUCGGAAACUUGUGUUGAGUUGAGAAAUAAGGAUGAUAGGUUGAAUUGUAUUCCUUUUAGACCGUUGCAAAGGUCGAGAUAUGAGUGUGAUGUUUUUUAUAAACAUCCUGUUCAUUGUACUGGUGUUGGUUGUUCUUUUAUAACUCCAUCACCUCCUCCUCCUCCACCGCCUCCUCCACCACCUCCUCCGCCACCUCCACCACCACCUCCUCCACCGCCGCCUCCUCCAUCACCACCUCCUCCGGAGGUUUACUACCAUUAUCUAUGAUGAGAUGAGAGAGAUAAGAGUUUGUGAUAUUAAUAUUUUUUAAAAUUCUUGUGUUCUUUAUUGGAGAUAUAUAUUAUACACGUAACACGUAAGAAUUA